UUUAGAUAUAAGAAAAAUAGAAAAUUCCAAGAAGAAAUUAAGAAAGCCACUACAUUAAGUAAAACCAUCCUGCUCCAGAGUGAGACGACUGCAUCGCUAUGAGCUCGUACAAAGUUGGAUACAGCAAGUCAGUUAAGUGUAGAGAGCUGUGUGCAUGAAGAAUCUAAGAAGAAAAGAAAUAAGCUUCCAUGGAUAAAGUUUUGGACUACGAUAUGCUGCCAAGCUACAAGUCGUGCCAAAAUUGAACAACUACGAUACUCAUCUUCUUACAGAUAAGUCAGUGACAGUGUUUUGGUCUUAAGAAAGAUGACAUUCACUACGAAAGCCUCAGCUUUGUGUCAUAGACCAAGUGUUUCAUGAACACUUGUUUAAUAAGAAGUUUGAAAAAAGGGAGCAAAGAUGGCAGAUGAAGACCCGCAAGGUCCCAGGCCCAGGGCACAGAGCUGCAGUAGCGGGACUGGCCACAAGAGGGCACAAAAGUAUACCGAAAGAGGUUUGGAAGACCAGCUUGGCAGGCACAUAAACGCAAGAAGGUCCAAGCUGUCACAAUUAACUUUAAAAAUGAAUAAAAUUAGGGGACUAAUGAAAGAGAAUGAAAGUCUUGACAUUGUUGAUGAACAUUUAAGUAACUUUUCAAAGCUACAUGAAGAAUUCCUACAGGCAAAUGAUGAUGUACUGUCGCUGUUGCCAGAAGAUGAAAGGAAUGUGGUCCAGAUGCUGUGGCUCAAUCCCAAAAAGGAGCAGUUCAGUGGGUUUAUGACUGAAGUUGAAAAAUGGAUCAUCCUAACAAGACAUCAGUAUCAAGAUGGCGUGAGCCCAGAUGACAGCGUGUCAGUGACUGCUAGACCAACUGCAAAGAAAUCAGGUACCAGCGUCAGAAGAAGCUCAGUCAGUAGCCGCUCAUCGAGGUGGUCCAGAGUUUUAUCGGUAUCAUCUGUAUGGCAGAAAGAGGAAGCAGAGCGUGCUGCUCUGCUCGCACGAGCCGCAUCCUUGAAACAGAGACAAGCCUUGGACAUUGAAGAAUGUAAGUUAAAGGCAAGAAGAGAACAGCUUGAGAUCGAGACAGCUAUUGCUGCUUCUACAGCCAAAAUAAAAGUGUUAGAGGACUGUGAAUAUGACAGCUGUAAAAAUGAUGUGGAACAGUGUGAAUCAGCUGUUCAACAGUUCAGCUUCCAAGAGCCAAAAGUGCACGGUGAACAUGAUGGGCAGUCAAAGGUGGAGAUUGCUUGGAGGGGGAAGGCAUGAAGCAAAGGUCCAGGUGGGUACUGCGUGCAAUGCAGGGAGGCAGGCAGGAGAGACUGGCAGUUUGGAGGGGAAGAAGUUACCGGCAGCUGCAGACCAGAAUCCAGGAGAGCUUGUACGGGUGUGGCUUGGUAGGUGGGUUCCAGAUGCUGACUGUAAAACAGCGGAAUGAGGUAAGUAACACGCGAUGAUGCACCAAGGAAAGACGUGAGGCCGAGAAGUGACUAAGGUUAGCAGAUAAUCUGGCAAAGACUAGUUGUGUGCGCAGGUCAUAAAUACUGCUGGUGUGAUUGCCAUCAGGUGAGGAACAACAAGGACUCCAUCCAGAGGGGAGGAGCCGAUGCAGUGGAAAAUUACCCAGACCAUGGCUGUAUCCCAAUUCAGGUUCUGCAGCCUUAAAGUACGCAGCCUUAAUGGUCCACAAGGGCCGCGUCUUCAAAGACCGCUAAGGCCAGAAGUGCCAGGCUUGUAGGCUUCUGAAAUGAGACGGUCUAGUCUCUGUCGCGCUGCCCAGGUUG